AUAGACGAAAUGUGCUCCGGCACUUCGAUGGCCGAGAUGAGCGCCGAUCUGCGGUUUCGUUUCUCUAGCUUGGUAGCAUUUUAGUGUGGCAGCUGCGCUCUCCUUUCUGAUCGCUGAUGUUUCACGUCCAGUUGAUGGUCAUAAGAAGGAAAUGUCGCUGGUGAGCGCUGACUUGGAGGCUCUGGCCGAGUGCAGGUACCGCUACCCGACGGAGGCGGCGCUCGAUAUUCGGGCUGUCACAGCGAUCUACCAGGACCUGCACUUGUAUGUGGAGUACUACUACUAUGCCAACAAGGAGAAGAAGCAGCUCGUUAAUCUGAGCGGCACCAUCCCUGUUCUUUAUGAAGGAGUCGCGUACAACAUUCCAGUAUCCGUCUGGCUCCAUGAAACACACCCCCAGAAUCCCCCCAAAUGCUUUGUGCGCCCCUCCGCCACCAUGGUGAUCAACGCCAGCAGCAGCAGCGUGGACGAGGCCGGUCUGGUGUCCCUGCCCUGCCUCAGUAACUGGAUGCCCGGCCUGUCCAACCUGUCUACUGUGAUGGCAGAAAUGAGGGCAGCCUUUCAGAGAGAAACUCCCCUUUUCUGCACCGUAGCUCCCCGGACCCAGACCCCGCCCAUGGUGCAGCCCCCUCGGUCGCCCCGGCAUGCGGGUGGCAGUGUGUCUCAGAGCUCUCCUGAGCCCUACAGGCAGUUCUUCCCAGAUCCUAUGCUGCCGUUAUCCAGCACUGCUUCCAGUCAGAAUCGAGUGGCCUUCAGCCCCAAGAUGGCCGCAGUUUCUCCAGCACAAACAAGUGAUAAAGCUCCAGCCACUGAUGUACCAGCGGUGAGGAGAUCUCACACGGAGGAGCUGCUGGACCUGGGCAUUACUUUCGGAGGAACGGAAAGCUGUACCCUGUCUCCUUCGAACCCUUUCCUCCAGAACACUACAGUUUCAAGUGCAAAUGCCUCCACUUCUGAAGACAUGGCAACCCUUUUUGGGAGCUUGCAACUGGAAAACGCUAACGCCUCCCGGUUAAACCCCAGCGAUAAAGGUGUCCCCAGCCUCAUGGGGGAGGAGCUUGGAGAUAGGGCCCCCCUACCCGGACACCAGCUUCUGGUGGAUGAUGCCCACAAGGUAGAGGUGAACCGGCUACCCCUGGGCAUCCCCCCCAGGAAGAUGAGGAACAAGCUCACCAUUUACUUCCAGCGGCAGCAGAACGGGGGCGGCGAGGUUCUGGAUGUGCAUUACCCAGCAGCCCAGCCCGACCAGGCCUACGUCACAUUCUGCAACCAGAGAGACGCAGAGCAGGUCCUGAAGCAGUCAGACAGGCUCUUCCCCAUCAACCAGGAGCAUUUUCCCAUCCAGGUGAAGAAGUUUGAUGGCGUGUUGGAGACGCGACUCAGCCUGACAGAACCCAAACCUUUGCUUUCCCGAACGCCCCUGCAUAUUCCCUCUUCUGAUGCGUCGGUCCCAGACGGCAUCUCCCGGGACAAGGCGGACAUGUUCUGGAGCCUUCUCUCCCUGAAGGAGCGUCGCUUCUCUCCAGAGGAGGUGCUGGAGGCGGUACAGUCCUGCAGGGACCUGCCCUCAGCUCUGAGAUACCUCACCCAUGAGUGUCCUAUCUGCCAGGAACAGGUGUCCUUCAGCAAGAUCAUCACCAUGACCCACUGCUCCUGUGCCUUCUGCGAGAGCUGCUUCAAGGCCUACUUCUCCUCAGCCAUCAAGGAGAAGAACAUCACCAAUGUGGUCUGCCCCAUCUGCAACCAGCCGGAGCUGCGAGGCGCCGGCCGUCUGGAGGAGGCCAUGGAUUACUUCAGCCUGUUGGACACGCAGAUCAAGCACUACCUGGACAAAGAAACCCAUGAGCUGUUCCAGAGGAAGCUGAGAGACCAGGCCCUGCAGGACAUGCCCAACUUUCGCUGGUGUGCCCACUGCUCCUUCGGCGUCCUCCAUGAGGCUGCCAGACUGAGGAUGGACUGUCCCAACUGUGGGAAGAGCACCUGCUCUCAGUGCCGGCGUCCGUGGGCAGCCCGACAUGAGGGUGUGUCCUGUGAGACCUUCAAGGACUGGGAGCUGCACAACAACCCCGAGGACCAGGCUGGCCACCUGGAGAAACUCCUGGGCAGGAACCGGAUCGACUGUCCGAAGUGCAAGUUCCGCUUCCACUUGUCCAAGGGUGGAUGUCUGCAUUUCAAAUGCACACAGUGUCACCAUAACUUCUGCGGGGGCUGUGGCAGACCCUUCAUGCUGGGCUCUGCCUGUGGUUUCUCGGUGGACUGUGGAGCCAGGGGUCUGCAUGCUCACCACCCGCGCGACUGCCUGUACCACCUGCGCGACUGGAGCGUGUCCAGGCUGCAGCGCCUACUCCAGUACUUCAGAGUGUCCUACGCACUACAUCCCCGAGGCUCUGACCGCCAGCAAGGGAAAGACUGCAGAGGCGUGUGUCCCGUUCUGGAGUACCGAGAGGCUUGCGGUCUCCGGGAGGAGGCCUGUGGACGCCCUGCCCCCCGCAACCAUGCUGGUUACUGCACGCUGCACUACAAGGAGUUCCUGGUGGAGCUGAUCAACAGGGACCGCCUGGACCCGGCAGAGCUGUUCGACCGGCUGGAGAUGGAGGCGGAGCUGCGGCGGUGGCAGGUGCCCGUGCCGGCGGCCCGGCAGCAAGAGAGCGACACUGCCUACCUGCGACGGCUGCGGCAGUGCGUCACUGAGAUUGGCCUGGUGGGGGACCCGUUCUGUGUGGACAAAGCGGGACCUUCCUCUUCCUCCUCCUCGUCUGGCCCACGGGCUCCUUGGGGCAGAGCACAGGGCAGCUCAUCUGGGGGCUUUGCAACAGACCCCCAGCUGCUGAUGCUGCUUAACGAAUGACGAGCAAAACGAGGUCCGGAAAGAGACGCCGCCCCCCCAUCACACAGUUACUCAAAAAGCAGCUGUACCACACUUCUCCAGCAGGGGGGGGGGGGGGUCUACAAAUUUGACAGUGUAUGUCUAACCCCGUCAUGGUGUGGCUUAUUGUUCUGGAUGGUUCUGUCCUCUACAGUAGUCCAGAGGUUGUUUUCAUUUGAUUGAUCGCUUCGGAAAGCAUAUGGGUGUCGUUGUAUCAGCUGAUCAAGGGCUUUAUGAUGUUCCAUUAAACACGUAACUUUUACUAAAGAAUGUUAGUUUAUGCAACUGCCAUAAAACCAAACAUAGUUCAAAAGAACACAGAAAUGAGAAUAUAAAUAAUUCUGGAUCCUUGUGCUUGGAGUGUGGUUGUUUUGCACUGUGACAGAUUGGAAUGUAUGACAAGUGUUUAUUUUAAUAACUAAUAGCACUAUUGAAAGUAAAAUAUUCAGAUCUUUUAGC